AUGCCUUCUUAUAGAGUAGAUAAUACUUACAGAGAGAUAGAAGUCAUUGUUACAGAUAUAACAGAAAUAAUAGAAGUAAGAGAAGAAAAAGAAGACAAAAAAACUGCAGAACUCUGUGAACUCAACUCAGCAGUAUCUCAAGCAGAGCUCAGACAUGCUGUGAAAGAAGAACUACAGAUUGAGCUUCAUGAAGUCACUGUCUCUGAAAUCAAGCUCUCUCCAGAUUCCUCUCUAAAUGAUCACACAGGGUCAUACAUCACUGUGUUGACUGAGAGAAGAGGCAGUAUCACAACAGUGAUGAGAAGAGCAGAGAAAGAACUGAACACAGACAAAUCAAUCAGCAGAAGAGAUGACAUCUCACUGCAAGGUAUGAUGACUAUCACCACAGCUACAAGAGAAGUAGAAGAAGGAGAAGAAGACAAUGUGACAAUGAGAGCAGUGCUUCUGCAGUUCAUUAACAUCAUCAUCUUCAUCUUCAACUGA